UCUGUGAGCAAGUUUAUAGUUUAUGAAUUUGUUGAAUAAAAAAAGAUAAAUAAAAUGGAAAUUUUAUCCAUGAAGUGGAUGACAUUAAGCGAAGAGGAGACCUUCUGACUGACGAGAAAAUCAUUCGUCUAUAUCGGAUUCGGAUUCAGAUACAAAAAGAGAGAUAUAUCUACAUUAUUUGGAGUUUGCACGUGUAUUUUACAAAUUUAUUUAUCAUCAUAUUGUUAAGCGACUGUCAUUUUGAGAGUAACGCUUAUAAUUUACCUUUCGACCCAGUUAAAUGAGCAAUGAACCAACAGUAUGGCUUUAUUUGGCUAUUGGCUCUGUUUAUGCUGGCUGGUGACCUCUGUUUCGGUGGGAGUCACGAGUCCCAACUAAGAAUAGGUAAAGCUAUCAACAUAUUCGUCCGAUAUGGUUACCUGAGUAUAUCGAUGAAAGUAAUAUCCUACAACGACACCGAACGGUGGCUUUUCAAGGAACCCACUAAAACUAUUUAUAAGAAUUUAAAUUUACUGACAGAGACCCGAGAGGAAAAUGUGCCAGGAAUAUUUCAUGGUGAUUUCCACAUGGAAUUCUGCGAUAAUCGACGCCAACUCUAUCAGGCAUACUUUCGGGAUUUCACUAUCGAACGACUAGAUAAGCCGUGGGAGGCAUUCACCGGCGGAUGGCAUGCAGAUGUCGCAGCCAAGAAGUUGGGCAUUAAUACGUCGUUUGUGAGGGGCGAUUAUUCCUAUGUUCUAGUCAGAGUUGUACGUUUUCGUGAGACAGGAAAACUUAAAACCGAUAUACCACCUAAUCAAUCACUAGAGCCAGACGUUGCUCGGAGAGCGCAUUCAUUGCAGACUGGAAAUUUAACGAGUGCAGUGAAAUUUAUGGAGGCAUUUGGAACGCACUAUAUAAAUUCAUAUACAACGGGUAAUUCUUUAUACCAGGUUUUCGUUUAUAGUCGCAAAAACUAUCAAAUAAUAAAAGAUCGUCUCAAAACUAAAGGAAUAAGUGGUCUCUCAAAACUCGAUUUAUACAACUACUUUGCUCCCUGGUAUGCCGAGCAUUUAGGACAGAUACGAACAGCAAGUGGCAAUGCUACCGUAGAACGGUGGGCACGAAGAAAACUGCAAUACGAGUACUAUGUAUUUAAAUAUGGAACACUACUCAAACUACAUGGAAAUGGAACACUUCUCAGAUCUCUGGACACAUUGCUCGGGAAUGAGGCCAUAUUGCAAUUGGACUUAAAGUCACUCAAUGUCAUAUUCAAUGACACGGAUAAACAAAAAUGGUUCGAAGAAGUUCUAGACAAUUACUUAAAGCUGUGGGAGGUUAAUAUGGGACAAAGUAGAAGAUAGUUGGAAGUCUAUGAUUAUGAAUGACUGCUCGCCGUAAAAGAAAAAUUCCAAAGUUCCUAAGGAAUUACAACAAAGUGUACAUAUUAAUAAAUAAAUUAAAUAAAGCGAUAAAUUAUAACAGUUUAGUUUUAGAAAACCUGUGAUAGUGUAACUAAAAAAUUGUAGUAAUCGCUUAGUUCUUUUUUUCUUUCUUUCUUUUUUAAGACAAACUAAUUAUUGUAAAAGUAAUAAUAAUUGGUGUGACUGAUGUCAAGACGUGUAGAUAUAAUAUAAUUACUAUGAAUAAAUGUAUCUGUAAUUUGAAACAGUAAACAAUUAAA